AUGGACUGGAAUAUCGAUACAAAAUUGUCAACUAUCACUUUAGAUAAUUGUAGCACAAAUGAUGCUGUGAUGGAAAAAAUUAAGGAGAAGUUGCAUUUAAGUACUUUGUUGAGGGAUGGAUCUUUACUUCAUAUGCGUUGUUGCGCACACAUAUUAAAUUUGAUAGUAAAGGAUGGUUUAGAAGUAGUGAAAGAUGGAAUGGAAAAGAUUCGGGAUAGUGUAGCUUAUUGGACUGCAACUCCUAAAAGAAAAGAAAAAUUUGAGAAGACAGCUAAGCAAUUGCGAAUUUCUUGCACUAAAACUUUAAGUUUAGAUUGUCCGACUAGAUGGAAUUCCACCUAUAAAAUGCUUGACAUUGCUAUUUUGUAUGAGGAUGUAUUUAGUCAUUUAAGGCUACGUGACACUCGAUACACUUGUGUUCCAACUAGUUCACAAUGGAAAUUUACAAAAGAUGUUUGUGAAAGAUUGGUGUUGUUCAAUAAAAUCACUGAAAUCAUUUCUGGCACUAAGUAUCCCAAUGCCAACAUGUUUUUUCCUGAGAUUUGUAAGAUUAAAUUGGCAAUAUCUGAUUGGAUUAACUCUUCCAAUUUAUCGAUCAAAGAAAUGGCUAACAAGAUGUUGUAA